GAAGGUGCUGUUUUUAUUCCAGCAAGCUUGGCGUAUCUUAUCGGCACAAACAUUUUUGGACCUUUAGCCUACAAAAUGGGCAGGUCUUUCAGCAGCGGGGUGGUAAACGCCUGGAACGAGCUGAGCAUUCCUUUAGCAAAAAAGUUUGAACAUUUAUUAGCUCCAAACGCUGGUUGGGGAUUCGCUAUAGGUAUGGUAGACUCGGCCAUGAUGCCGAUCAUGGGACAUCUGGUUGAUCUGAGACAUGUUUCCGUUUAUGGAAGUGUCUAUGCUAUUGCAGAUGUAGCUUUUUGUCUAGGAUUUGCAAUUGGUAGUCCGGCAAUAAGCGGUUCGAUAAUACAAGCCAUCGGAUUUAAAUGGUUAAUGUGGGUGACAGCUAUUGUUAACAUGCUGUAUUCUCCUCUGAUGAUACUCUUAAGGAAUCCCUCAAAAAAGGAAGAAAAAGAAGUUAGUUUUAAUAUUAACAUCAAAAUUUUAUUAACACAAAGCAAAAUUAAAGAAUAA